UACUGACUGACUCACACGACGAAAGUGUUAUCAAACCUUUACUAAGGAAUAAUAGAUUUUUGUUUCAUAUGGUGAUAUUUUUCGUACGGUUUGUGUUUCAUGUAGUGUUCAAGCAGUAUCAUGCAUGGUGUUUUUAAUUCAGUUUAAACGUUUAAAAUAUGUUUCCAGAGGCGGCGGUUUUGUAACCAUUCGCUUCAGAGGUGGGGUUGUUUUCCGUGGAGCACGUGAAGGCAUCUUGGUAUAAAGACAGCUCGUUUCUGUCCAGCGGCAAAGCACGUCAACGAAAAUGAAGGACAACAGUCUGCCCAGAAUCCUGGUGAUUCUCUUUUCUACGGUGGUUUUUGUCGCCGUUCUGGUUGUUAACGCGUUGGCUGGAGCGGGGAAAAGUCCUUUCCACUCCAGUACAGGCAAUGUGUCAGCCCGCUAUGAUACAGACAUCACUCCAGCUGGUUGGACCUUCUCCAUCUGGGGAGUUAUCUACACCUGGCUCACCCUGAUGGUCAUUUACAUCACUUCAUAUGUUUUCAGAGGGUCUUGGGCUCAGUGUCUGCUACCCUAUGGCUUCUAUUUUUCCUGGCUGUCCAACAUGCUGCUGAAUAUGAUGUGGCUUGUGCUGUGGGAUAAAGAGAUGAUGCUGGCAGCUCUUGUCGUGUUGGUCCUGGUAGCCUGUGCCAACUACAGCUCUUUGUUCUUCGUUUCCUUUGCCACAGAUUACUAUGGACUGUGGUUACAGUCAUACCAUAAAAAGGACCUGGCCUGCCUCAGAAUACUGGUCCAGAACGGCUUGGCUUUUUACACCACAUGGAGUUCUAUUGCCGUUCUGCUCAAUUUCUCUGUGGUUCUCCAUUUGUGGGGUGUUGAAAAGAGCACAGCAGCAACCGCCUCGCUGUGCAUUCUUUUUGCAGAGUUGUUGGGAUGGUUUAUUCUGGAGAACUGGGUGCUGGACCGCUGGGUGCGUAACAUUCUGACAGUAUAUCCUGUAGUCAUCGUAGCUCUAGUUGGAAAUGUCUACAAACAUUUUAACCCGGCUGACCCCACUCCAAACACUGUCUUUAUGGUGGUACAGCUGGUGGUAGCCUGCAUCUUAUUUGUUUCCCGAGUCUGCUCGGUCAUAUGGAGGAACAAGUGGCGCCCUCUCCACUCACCAGGUUCAGCUCGGCUAAUGGUGUCCCCACUUGAUGGCAGCAAGUUUGGGAUCUGUACCUAAGGAAACUCAUCAUCAAAUAGUCUCCUUCACAUGUUUACUCAUUGCCUCUUUCAGAGCUAAAGCUCAGUUAUCAAAUGGGGUUUUGCUUGACUUAAAUUUCAUAAAUAACCUAAAAAUGUUUUCUUUCUCUCCUGACAUGUAGUAAAUUUUCUCAGCAGAAAUGUGUCUGAAAUACUAGUCAUUAUUUUAACUUGAAUUAGUCUACUAACAUUUUACUGUCAUCUUUAUUAUUUUUAAAGGCAUCUAUAUAAUUUGAUCUAAAGUAUUUUACAUGCACGAAAAAAUGUGUGCGGCAAUGUCUAAGUUUCCUUAUUAUGCAUAAUAUAACUGGAAUAUUGACUGUUAACAGUGUAACAUGAAGUAUGUUUUAUGUGCCUAUUAAAAUGUUGCCAACACUA